CCGCAGGCCCCGCCCGUCGGCUUGAACUGCAGCCCCGCGCCGCGGAGGACGGUGAGGCGGGAGCCAACGGCCGGCCCCGCGAGGCGGGGGGCGGCGCGCGAGCGCGGCGUCGGGGGGCCUAGCUGGGGCCGGGGGCUGUGAAUCUUCUGGCCGAGCCGCCGCUCCUGCGCAGCCGUGGGAUCGCAGCAGCCGGGCCUUCGACGACCCGGCGUUCUGGGGCGCCAGCGGGCAUUGUCUCCGCCGCCGGCGUCCCCCGAGGCCGUCUCCGGGCCAUGAUAGACUCGGUGAAGCUGCGCCGCGACAGCGCGGCCGACUUCUUCUCGCACUACGAGUACCUAUGCGCGCUGCAGGACUCAGUGCCGCUGCCCUCGGUGCGCGCCUGCCUGCGGGAGGGCGUGCUGGACUUCAAUGCCGACCGCCUGCGCGUCGUGGACUGGGCGCCGCUCCUGAGCACCCUAAAGAUUAACAAAGAUCUGCCCCUAAUCUCCAUCAAGAGCUUCUUCCAGCCGUGGCUUGGCGAAACAGGUUCUGACAGAAAUAAAGUUUGCAGAAGUCGUGUUCCUGCAAUAAGAAGCAAAGAUGUGACCUUCCAGUUAUGUAAAGCCCUCAAAUGCUGUUUAAGUAUAUCAAACGCUCUGAAGAACCUAGAGUUAAAUGGACUAGUUCUGAGAGAGAGAGAUUUGACUGUUUUGACAAAGGGAUUGAAUAAAUCGGCUACUUUGGUGCACCUGUCUCUUGCAAAUUGUCCAAUUGGAGAUGGAGGUUUAGAGAUUAUUUGUCAAGGUAUAAAGAACUCUAUCACUCUUAAGACAGUAAACUUCACGGGCUGUAAUCUGACGUGGCAGGGAGCAGAUCACAUGGCCAAGAUCUUAAAGUAUCAGACCAUGAGAAGGCACGAAGAAACCUGGGCUGAGAGUCUUCGUUAUAGGAGACCUGACCUGGACUGUAUGGCUGGUUUGAGGCGUAUCACUUUGAAUUGCAACACGCUCAUUGGUGACCUUGGCGCAGGUGCUUUUGCAGAAUCUCUCAGUGAUGAUUUAUGGCUUAGAGCACUUGACCUGCAGCAAUGUGGCCUCACCAAUGAAGGAGCAAAGGCUUUACUAAAGGCCCUGGAAACCAAUAGAACUCUGGUCAUUCUGGAUAUAAGAAAAAAUCCGCUUGUUGAUCAUUCUGUGAUGAAAGCAGUUAUUAAAAAAGUUCUCCAGAAUGGAAGGAGUGCCAAGUCAGAGUACCAGUGGAUCACUUCUCCAUCAGUGAAGGAACCAUUCAAAACUGCUAGACAGAAAAAGAGAACUAUAGUUCUGGGAAGUGGUCGAAAAGGGAAAGCUACUAUUAGAAUCGGAUUGGGUACAAAGAAACCUGUAAGUAAUGGAAGAAAACACUCCCUUGGUAAAGACAAUUAUGCUCCUGAACCUCUGCCUCCUGGUGUGUCUGGUUUCCUGCCGUGGCGCACAGCAGAACGUGCAAAAAGGAGCAGGGGUUUUCCGUUAAUCAAAACUCGUGACGUGUAUAAUCAUUUGCAGCAAUCGAAUUUUCCUGUGACUGUGACAGUAGAGAGUCCUUCUUCCUCAGAAAUUGAAGAGGUCGAAGAUUCUUCUGAAAGUGUUCAAGAAGAGCCUGAGAAAACCAGUUUAAAGCAAGAAGCAUUACAGGAAAAACUGGAGGGGUGCCUAAAGCAGUUAAAGGAGGAAAGAGUAAUAAGACUGAAGGCCGAUAAACGAGUCAGUGAGCUGGAACAUGAAAAUGCUCAGUUAAGAAAUAUAAAUUGCUCUUUGUCUGAAGCCCUUCAUGCACAGUCAUUGACAAACAUGAUCCUGGAUGACGAAGGUGUUUUGGGCAGCAUUGAGAAUUCUUUUCAGAAGUUCCAUGCUUUCUUGGAUCUCCUUAAAGAUGCUGGGCUUGGUCAGCUUGCCACAAUGGCUGGUAUAGAUCAGUCAGAUUUUCAUUUGCUGGGUCGUCCCCAGAUGAAUUCUACUAUUAGUACCCUGCCUAGAGAAGAAAAGAAGGCACUUGAAGAUGAAAAACCAGAAUCAAAGCAGAACUCCAUAGGACAGAUGCAGAACAUCCAAGUUUCUAUUUGUAUGCAGUCAGCUUACAAUGAAGGAACUCUAAUGAAGUUUCAGAAAAUUACAAGUGAUGCCAGAAUUCCUUUGCCUCUCGACUCCUUCCAUGUCCCUGUCUCCACGCAGGAGCCCUUAGAAACUUCGAGAGACAACCUGGGAGCCCCAGUCAGUGAGCAGUGGCAGGAGUCUUUCAAAGAAUUCAUUGCUAGAACAUGUUCUCCGUCAGCAGAUGUGAUAUCUGGCACUGGAAGCCAAAGAAAAGACGACGAAUUAUCUAGAAAUAGCAGAUCUUCUUCAGAGAAAUUGACCAAAACAGGUGAAUAUACCAAAAAACACUCUGCUAAAAAACAGUCCAGAAACGACCUGCAUUCCUGCUCUGACUCACCUGUAAAUCAGAAAAGUCACAGAAUUGGGCAGAAUGGUUCUUUGGUUAACGAACCAAUUAAAAGUGAGUCUUUGAAAAACCCCAUUUCUGUCAAGAAAGAAAGUAAAAUCGUGACUCUUUCAUCGAAGAGAGCUAAAAGUAAACUCCAUCUGUUAGAACACUCUGAAAGUGAUACUCUUGGAUCUGAUUUUGAAAUUCAAGAAAGCAUCCAUACUGUAUCACACCUGACAUAGUUCUAAAUCUUUUGAAAUUAUGUUUUGCGUCCAAAUUUUAAUAAAUUUCUUAUAUUUUCA